AUGUCACUUGAAUCUCCUGAUGUAUUGAGCCACUUAACAUCGUGGCUCACUAGCUUUGAACUGCGUUUAAUGCGUAGUCUCUGUCGAACCAUUUACACUGCAAUUCCACAAAACACAUGGGAGCUCACAGUUAGCCAUGUCAGCAGCUCAAAGUCAAUCAAACAUUUGUUCACGGUCUUCCCGCACGUGUGGUGUCUGCGAGUACACGAUGCGCUGCUAGAGGAAUUACCGACGAUUGAAUCACUCGUGCCAUGGCUGGACAAAUCCUGGAAAUUGCGAGAACUAAUACUUAUCAGAGUGACUUGCAUCAGCGGAUUCAAUCUACAUCUCUUAGCUGAGGAGCUCACAACGGUUGUCAUUCGUGAAUGCUAUCAGGUGAAAGAACCAGCUAUUGUCGCCCCAAAUCUCGAGACACUAGUCAUCUGGCAUUGUCCCGUGACUACAUUUCAUACCAACACGAGCUUACCUCGGCUCAAAACUUUGACAUUAUCCUCACAAUACUUUACACAAGCGCGACACUUGAUCAAGGUUACGCUCCUAAAGUCUCCAGUACUAGAAAAACUGAUCCUUGCUGGCUGUUCGCAGCUUGAACAGGUAGUGAUGAACCCAAAAGAUCUUCCAUCUCUGCGGCAACUUGACCUCAGUAGCUGCGCAAAGCUCACGCGGGUCCAUGUGACAUCCAAGCUGCUACAAAAUCUCAAUCUUUCGUGCAAUGACAACUUGCUGUACUUGCUACUAGAUGUCGAUUGUAUGGUGAGCCUGGAUCUAUCGUUCCUCAAGAGUCUUACCCAUUUAUCUAUCCGUUCACGAUCACUACAACAAUUAAAUCUCCGAGGCUGCAGUCAAUUAACUGAAAGCACAUUGAGCAUCAAAUGCCCAAAUCUACAGUUUGUGGUUAUACAAGGCACUUCAAUCGUCAUGGAAGAUGUGAAGAAGACGAAACAAUCCAAUUGUAAUGAGGUGUUUAUAACUCGAGACAGCUAA